CAUGUCCCUCAUUUACUAUGUUGUGUGUCCUUAGCUGUCAGUCCAGUGUCUGUUCCUGGAUGUGAGAUAGAGCUGGCAGAGAGCUUUCCUCAGGAAAGAGUAGAUGCURCAGCACUGCUGAAAGAUAUUUCCUCCACUGAAAAGGGAAUACACCACAGUAGUCUCUAGCUACAGUGCAGGAGCCAGUCAUGGCGCUGCGYCCACGGGCUUCCUCCCAGCCUGGGAAACCUUCGUUCUUACAGAGCCCCAAGGUGGUCAUGGCUCUGCGGCCCAGGGCCGUGUCCUCUCACUCAAGCUCCAUGCUGGAGGAUGAGCUAACCUGCUCUGUGUGCUGCGAGAUCUUCAGGGACCCUGUGGUGCUCAAGUGCACCCACAGCUUCUGCCGGGCCUGCCUGCAGCAGUUCUGGAACCAGAAGAAGGCGAGGCGCGAGUGUCCYGUGUGYCGCAGGAAGUGUUCCCUGACGGARCCCACAGUGAGCCUGGCUCUGAAGAACGUGGCCGAUACCUUCUUCAGGGAGCAGAGGAGCCAGGGCGAGGCGGGCGGAGGGCCGGACAGAGGGGGCAUCCCAGUGAAGUCUGAGGCAAAGUGCCACACACACGGGGAGGUGCUGAAGMUGUUCUGCCAGGACGAUGCCGAGGUGCUCUGCUGUGUGUGUCACACGUCUAAGAGGCACCAGGGCCACUGUGUGAUCCCACUGGAGGAGGGGGCCCAGGAGCUCAAGGAAGAAAUGAAGAAAGAAUUGAUCCCUCUGAAGAAGAGCCUCCGUGGCCUCUAUGAAGCCAAGCAGGAGUGUGAUGACACAACUGUGCACAUGAAGAGCCAGACCCAGCAGACAGAGAAUCAUAUCAGAGAGGAGUUUGAGCAGCUCAGGCAGUUCCUUCAGAAUGAGGAGGAAGCCAGGAUAGCUAUCCUACAGGAGGAAGAUGAGCAGAAGAGACAUCUGGUGAGGAAGAAGACAGAGGGCAUCACGGCAGACAUCCUCACCGUCUCUCAUGCCAUCAUCGCUAUUGAUAAUGACAUAGCCUCCAGUGAUGCUCUUUUCCUCCAGAACUACAGAAACACAAAGAAGAGAGCUGUGAUACCUCAGAAGGGUCCAGAGGAGAUCUCAGGUGCUAUGAUCAACGUGGCGAAGCAUGUCAGCUCCCUCAAGUACAAGGUCUGGGAGAAGAUGGUGGGGCUGGUGGAGUACACUCCUGUGACUCUGGAUCCUAACACGGCCUACUCCUGGCUCUCUCUGAACAAGGACCUGACCAGUGUGACCAACAGUGGUCAUGUGCAGGUGCUCCCAGACAACCCAGAGCGUUUUGACCACUUCGUGUUCGUCCUGGGCUCUGAGGGCUUCACCACCGGCUGCCACGCCUGGGAGGUAGAGGUGGGGGACAAGGACGACUGGAUGCUGGGUGUGGUCAAGGAGUCCAUCAACAGGAAGGGCCGGAUCUCAGGCUGCCCUGAGGGMGGCUUGUGGAUGAUCUCCCACUGCGAGGGUGAGUAUAUGGCCAUGACCCGGCCACGCACCCCUCUCAAACUGACAGGGGAGCUGAAGAGGGUCAGGGUGCAGCUGGACUACGACUCUGGGGAGGUGACCUUCUCCAACCCUGUUAAUAUGACCAGYAGCAGCUCUGCUCUCACCUCAGCUCUGAGCCCGUCUAGGUCUCGGCAGCAGGCUAAUAACUGUCAGACCGGCCAGGGAGACUCCACCAUCUUUUUAACCAUCUCCAAACCCAGGCCUCGGUCCGCCUCCGCCUCCGCCUCCGCCUCCGCCUCCGCCUCCGCCUCCGCCUCCUCCUCCUCCUCCUCCUCCUCUCACCCUCACUCUUCUUCUGACUCCUUCCAUUUUGGUUGA